GGCAACGCCGAACUGUACGAUGAUUUUAUAUACGAGACAGAAGUUCUGGCAAAAGGCGCGUGCGAUCGAAGAGAUUUUCUGCUUAAUUAUUACGGCAGAAGAGAUAAGCUGAACCAAAUUUUGGAGGAGUUCAACACUUUCAUGGCGCAGAAAGCUUUGACUGGAGAUAGUUUGUACGAAUUCCCUGGAGAAGAUCUCCUCCGUAUGAUAAACUUCGAGGCACUGGCUGACAAGAAGGCGGGUAUCAAGAUGGUGGAUGAGAAGAAUAAAAUCAACUUCUACUGGAAAAGCCUGAACGAGAACACAGUCCGGAACAUUGUCCCCGGUACCUUGACGAGGUUCGCUUGCAACCCUGAUAAAAUCUUCGACUGGGAAGCUAAAGUCGAUCCGGCGUUCACUUCUGACAUUAACGACAUUUACAAAGAAUUUGCUGUGACUGUUGGCGAGCUCAUGCAGAAAUAUCAGACAGAAAUGGAACUUUGUAAGAAGAUUCCGAGUAUCAAAACCGCUCUUAUAAAUUUUACUACCCAAGCACUGAAAUCUUACUUCCAGCGGUACGUCAUUGAUGUCUUCGAUACGCGAGUUUCUACUUUCUGCCGCAGACGAUGUAUCACCACUGAAUUGAGAGCGAUUAACCGAAGAUUUAUUAAAAAUCUCGACGGUUUGGACGAGUUGAUGGGACCAAUGAUUGCUGAUUGGCAUGAAUUCCAGGAAAAAUGUGAACUUAAAUCUACAACAACAACAUCUACUACGAUAACACCGACUACAACUUCCACAACGACUCCAGCGCCAAUUAUUAUUCCUCCUUACCAUCGAUCUCGGCCUCACCCAAGCGACGACGAUUGUUGGGGUAUCCUCGACAUCUUUAAACACCACAACUACUUUGAUUAG